AACAAUCGAUAUAAUAUACCAAAAAUAUACUGCGUUCAAACAGCUGUUCUUUUGCGGAACAAAUCGAAAACAACUAACAGCCACAUGUGACAGAGGCAUUACUUUUCCGCCACCCCUGCUGACUGUGCCUGACAAGGGCCGCAAAAGACACGGAAUUAUAUAACCGCCGGUUAAAGAAACACAUGAGUCCCUACAGCGGCUCCGUUCGUCGUCUGCUGGACAGCUGGCCCGGAAAGCAGCGCUUCGGUGUCUACCGCUUCCUGCCGCUCUUCUUCCUGCUGGGCGCCGGCCUGGAAUUCUCCAUGAUCAACUGGACCGUUGGCGAGACCAACUUCUACCGAACAUUUAAGCGCCGCCAGGCCAAGAACUACGUGGAGGAGCAGCAACAUCUGCAGGAGAGGCAGACAGCCACCACCGAGCACUGAUCAACAAUGCCCGCCGGUGUUUCUUGGG